AUGGACGACCUCGGCUUUUUCGACUCUGCGCUCUCGGACACGGAAAUGGACGAGUUGUUGAAGUCCUGCAAGGAGGAGGCUGAGCAGAAGAAAAGGAAAGGAACGAGUUCGACGGAGCAUCAGAAGAAGAAAAAGCAGAAGAAGCAGAAGAAAGUCAAGGACCUCUCCUUGCCUCUGCAUGAGACUGAGGAGACUGAUGCGAUUCCAGAGCAGGCGGAGUCCAGCACCCCCACCUCAGAGGAGAAGCAGAAGGUGGCAGCCAGCCACUUGACACCCAAAUGCCCGGCGAAUGGCCUUCCUCUGCACGCGGUGAGGACACAAGCCGUGCAGACGAAGCCACAGCCGAAAGGCUUGAAAGUCAACUAUCCAAGCAGAUGUGGGGUUGGAGCUUGCAGGCAUCGCAUUAUGAAGGAGCCGGAGUGGAAUAAGAAGAAAGGCGUUUGGGUCGCACGCUGUGCGAUGACAUAUUCGGGCAAUCGAAGCAGCUACCAUACUUGGUACUCGGAGAAUGAAGGGAAAUCUUGGAAGUUCACCACAACGCUUUACAAUUUGUUCAAGACGCCUCCCAAGGAGCAGAAGCAGGAGAUCCCUAAGCCCGAGAAGCACAAGGAGGGCGCGACACCGGAAAGUUCUGAAGGCAGCCCAGAGUCGACAUCAAAACCAUCGCGCAUCGUCGACACCUCGCGCAACAAGCAGCCCGCAGACCAGAAAUUGGCAUCCCAGGCGCAAGCAAGUGGACUGACACCUGAAAAGUUCAUGCAGUACCUCAUGAAAGAACUGGCCGGCGCACAAGCAAGACAGAUUGCCCGGUUCUGCUGGGAAAGAAGCAAUCACGAUGGCGUGAUUUUUCGUCAAAGAGCCCGCCGUACCUCUGCGCUUUUCGGUGGUUAG